GGGCGGCCAAGAGGGAGCGCGGCCAGGACGCGCGCCAUGGACCCGAAGGCGGGCGGCGGCGAGGAGGAGGACUGCGUGGACUCGGGCGCCGAGACCGGAGGGUCCGACUACAGCCACCUGUCCUCUACCAGUAGUGAGCUUUCCCUAGAAGAGGCCCAGGACCCUUUCCUGGUAAGCAUCCACAUCAUCGCAGACCCAGGCCAAGCCCAGCCACUGCAGGAGGCCAUCGACAAGGUCUUGGCUUGGGUCCACCCCGACCUCCCGCUGUUCCGUGUGUCAGAGAGGCGAGCUGGCCGAAGACGGCGCAAGGCCCCCAGAGGAGCACAGCCAGCCCUGGCCGUGGUGCUGUUCCUGCAGGAGGAAUAUGGUGAGGAGCAGAUCCUCCAGCUGCACCGCACGCUGCAGCGCCCACCCUGGCGCCACCACCACACAGAGCGCGUGCACGGCCGGUUCCUGCCCUACCUGCCCUGCAGCCAGGACUUCUUCAUCCUGGCCCCCGGGACCCCACUGUGGGCCAUCCGGCCUGUACACUAUGGCAAGGAGAUCGUGCGCUUCACCAUCUACUGUCGCCAUGACAGCUAUGCAGACAGCCUGCAGUUCUACGAGCUAAUCCUGCGCCGGAGCCCCAGUCAGAGGAAAGCGGACUUCUGCAUCUUCCCCAUUUUCUCCAAUCUGGAUGUGGACAUCCAGUUUUCCCUGAAAAGACUACCCUGUGACCAGAGCCCAGUGCCCACCGACUCCUCCGUGCUGGAGUUCCGAGUAAAGGACAUUGGAGAGCUGGUGCCUCUCCUGCCCAACCCCUGCAGCCCUAUCAGUGAGGGGCGCUGGCAGACAGAGGACCAUGAUGGCAACAAGAUCCUUCUGCAGGCACAGAGGGUGCACAAGAGGUUUCCCAAUCCCAGCAGGACGCACCGCUCCUCUGAGGAGCAGUCUCACUCUGCCCUUUCACCGAGUGCCACCGCAUUAAGCCCCACACCGGGCAGCAGCCAGCCCACGCUGAGUGACAGCCUGUUCCUGGGCCCCAGCCAGCUGGACUUGCCUGCCGGACACCAGCAAGAGUGUGCCAGACAAGCCAGCAGCACCCCAAGUCCGCCCUGGUCUUUCCCCAGAAGCAAGUCCUUAUUUUGUUUGCCCACAGUGGGCCCCACCCCCGCCUCCUGCAGUGAACCACAGUGGUCUUCAAACACAGGUCGCACAGGCCAAACGGGAUCUGAACCUAGGCAUGGCCACCUCCUCUGCAUUGAUGACUUGGAAGGGGCCCAGGAGACCGAUGUGGACACAGGCUUGCGGCUGUCCUCCUCAGACCUGUCUGUGGUCUCUGCGUAUUCUGCACCCAGUCGGUUCUAUGGCACAGGAGAGAAGAACCACUACCCUGAAGGAUAUAUCAGCCUCUGGUCAUCACACAAGGGCCCCAGAGAAGGACCGCUGCCCACUGGCAGUGGGGUGACCACUGAGGCUCCCUGGGUUUCUCUACCUUUCUUAACCAAAGGAUCUUCCAGCUCUUUGGUGGCGGCUCUCACUGCUCCUGCUCCCCUGGCUCCUAGGGCCUCCUCCCUCACAGAGUCAUCCCCAGAAGUCCCUUGUGAUGCUCCCAAAGCCACACAGACUGGCCACGAUGUGCCACUACCCCCAGCAUCAGCUGAUCAUGGGGGCAAUGAUGUGGAGGAGUUCUACAUCUGAACACGUGCUGUAUGAACACAUUCACACCCAGAGGCUCAGGCCCUCUGGACACACCAGUGCACUUGGUCCUCGAUGCCAGGGCUGUCUGGAGCCUCAUUGCCUAUUUCAGGGGGACCAUGUGCACAUCUGCUGAGCUGCCACUCUUCACUGAGAGAUGGUGUGUUUCUAGGGACUCAGUGAAAAUGCUGACAGUUUUAUGCAAAGAAAUUCUCAACAAAUUUAAGUCAGAAAAUAUAUUUUUGAAUACUCAUCCUGAGACAUGGUUUAGUGUCCUAUAAUUAUUUGAAAUAAAAAGAAAACCUAGUCAGCCAGAGCUGACUUGGCAAUUUUUCAUACUGUGAAAGAAAAGUAAUUAAAGCCAAAAUGUGGGAAAGAUACUCAAUAACUUGUUUGAAGGAGUAUCGCACAAUGACGGCAUUUCUCCCCCCAGGGUUCUCUAGGGACUCAUAUUUACACUCCUAGGGAACAGUGGCUCCAGGAAUUUUCAAGUCAUCCUUAUAGUGGACAAGCCAGGUGCUAAGAAAGCUGUCAGAAUACAUUGGCCUGCGGAGCACCUUACUUUGAAUCCAUCAAUAUCUGAAAAUCUAGAUUUCUGCAAAAGUGAAUUUAUGCAAAAUCUUUGUAAAGAUUUAGCAUGAGUAACAUAUUCCUGGUGCAUGUAAAAUAGGAUGAGUUCCAAAACUUAAAUUCGUAUACAUCUUUCAACAAUAUAUUCCUAUAGUCAAUGAAGAGCUACAGAGGACAACUCCACCCUCUGGACUGACUCGGGUCACUGAGGAGGAUUCAUUCUUUGGAGUUACAGAAGACAAUAUUAGGCAUCGGGGAUAGACAAGCCUAAGAGUCUGUAUCUUUGGAAAGCACAAUCGAAGGGCUACAUAUAUCUCUGUAAAUAAAUGAUAAGGACCACAUUUUAGACUGCUUUUUCCAGUGAAUGUGCACAGCCACACGUCCUGUGGUUUUCACUUUGAAAUGACUUGGAACAUUUUAGCUAGCAUUUUAAUUGCACAAAUGAACAAAUGUCUCCUUUCCCAAAAAUGGGAAACCACACAAAAUGCUCUCCUGAAUGAACACUGGGGCACUGCUCACCUGCCCUGAGCACACAGGAGCCUUAAGUAAAGCUGGAGCUUCCGCCUUGCCUUGCCCCUCCCUGUCAUUUGUCGGCUUCGGUCACACGUGAGUGGCAUUGAAAUCCCCCAGUAGUAUGUUUACAGCUCCAUCAUUAGCCAUGUCAGAUGCUGGCAUCAGGGCCGAUGCCACGCGGUCCCUGGAUGCUGUUUUUCCACGGGGAAGAACAUGGAUCUGCACUGUUCUUUUCCCAGCAAGGUGCUCCCUGUCUAAAUUACUCAUGGCCCGGUUUUCAUCUCUCAGGAAGGGCCCACACCAGCUCAGACACAGCCCCAGAGUCCUUCCCCCCACCCCCCGGGCCUCCCAGCAGCCUCAGGUCUGCUGUCCUUGUAAUGAGAGCCUUAGAUCCUCCAUCCCACAUCCUGGACUUCCCAAGACUUAGAAUUACAAUAUUCUUCUCCAGUGAAAAUAUGGUCUUUUCACAUUCUGGUCUUGGAGUAGAAGUCUUUUCCUGGAAAGGGCUAUAUAACAUCUUAAAUGUUGUCAUGUUUUAAACUUUGUCAGUCUCUAUUGCAACUGCUGCCAAUGUAGCACAAACAAUAAAAUGCAAAGAAAUGAGUAUGACUGAGUUGCAAUAAAACUUUAUUCACAAAAACAGGUGGAUAAGGAGAGAUUUGACCCAAGGAAGGUAUCAGGUCAGUAGUGAGCUAGACCAUUAUCUGAGAGUGAUGAGUCCAGCUGGGGUCAACUACAAAAAUCUGAGUCUUCACCCACUUCUGCUUGUGUGUAACACCAAGAAGAUGGGCCACUCUGGUGGAGCCAGUGAGAAUAGAGCCCCAUGGCUCAGGACAGCACAGGUUGUCUUUCUGAAGAGCUGAUUCUUAGAAAGUCAAGAGCACCCCACCUCCUGCCUGGAAAUGUAAUUCAGAGUCAAUAGCCAAUGCUGAAAAGCAGCAUGCUCACAUUAGAAGAGAAACAGAUAGCUCAGCGAUGAUGACAUAGCCUCCAGCGAAUGGAGAAGUUAGCACAGAAGUAACAAAUAUUAAAGAGGCAUUAG